GCUUGCAUGCAGCGGAGGCCAAGAUGGCGGCGCUCUCGAUGCAGAAGGGUUGCUGGACGGGAGUCCCUGGGAAAUUGUGCUUAGCCGCAUUGCUGUGCCUGGGCAGCCGUUGGCUCCCCCCCGUAGACGCCUCCGGCCAAGCGGAAGGCGGCGCUGCUGCUCCUGCGGUGCCUCACCGGCGGUUCGAGUAUAAAUAUAGUUUCAAGGGGCCGCACUUGGUGCAGGCGGACGGGCUAGUGCCCUUCUGGAUUCACACAGGCAAUGCUAUUCCCAGCGCUGAUCAAAUAAGAAUAACACCAUCAUUAAAAAGCCAGCGGGGAUCAGUAUGGACAAAAAGCAAAUCUGUAUUUGAAUACUGGGAGAUUGAAGUGACUUUCCGAGUAACAGGGAGAGGGCGAAUAGGAGCUGAUGGAUUGGCAGUGUGGUUUACAGAAGGGCAAGGCUUAGAUGGUCCUGUUUUUGGAGCAGCUGAUAACUGGAAUGGCGUUGGCAUCUUCUUUGACUCAUUCGACAAUGAUGCAAAGAAAAAUAACCCGGCAGUGAUUGUUGUCGGAAACAAUGGCAAGCUCCAUUACGACCAUCAAAAUGAUGGCUCUACACAAGCGUUGGCGUCAUGUCAAAGAGAUUUUCGUAACAAGCCGUAUCCUGUUCGAGCGAAGAUCACCUACUACCAAAAGAUACUGACUGUAUAUAUAAACAAUGGCUUUACUCCAGACAAGGAAGACUAUGAAUUUUGUGCCAAAGUAGAAGACAUGGUGCUGCCUUCUCAGGGAUACUUUGGGAUUUCAGCAGCAACCGGUGGUCUUGCAGAUGACCAUGAUGUCUUGUCUUUCCUGACCUUCCAGUUGACAGAGCCUGGCAAAGUAGCGCCUCCUCCUGAUGCAGAAAUUCCAGAAAAGGACAAAGAGAAAUACCAAGAAGAGUUUGAACAUUUCCAGCAAGAGCUGGACAAGAAGAAGGAAGAGUUUCAGAAGGAGCAUCCUGAUGUACAGGGGCAGCCCACGGAUGACCUCUUUGAGACAGUGAGUGAUCGUGAGCUGAGGCAAAUCUUUGAAGGCCAAAACCGAAUUCAUCUGGAAAUAAAGCAACUCAACAGGCAGUUGGACAUGAUUCUGGACGAGCAGAGAAGAUACGUCUCUGCAGUGACAGAAGAGAUUUCCAAAAGAGGAGCUGGUGUCUCUGGUCAGCCAGGGCAGGCCUCCCAGCAAGAACUGGAGAGUGUUGUGAAAGCUCAAGAGGAGGUCCUGAGACAAGUUGGUGAAAUGAAAAACUCUGUGGGAGAAACGCUCAGGCUUGUCAGUGGCAUUCAGCAUGCUGGCCCUGCCGGUGGGGUCUAUGAAACAACCCAGCACUUCAAUGAUAUCAAGGAGCACCUCCACGUCGUAAAAAGGGACAUCGAGCAUCUAGUCCAGAGGAACAUGCCCUCAAAUGAAAAGCCCAAAUGUCCAGAGUUGCCACAGUUUCCAUCAUGUUUAUCUACAACACACUUCUUUAUAUUUGUAGCAGUCCAAACAUUGGUGUUCAUUGGUUACAUCACGUACAGGAGUCAGCAGGAAGCAGCAGCUAAGAAGUUCUUUUGAUGGCCGAUCUGUGUGCAUCCCGUAUGUGCAUGCAGAGCAUCACACAAGUUGCGAAUGAGAAGAAACAUUAGUGUUCAAAAUGCUUCAAUAUUUUAAAUUAUUGAGGGUUUUUAAAAAAAAAACUCCAUACACUGAAUUCCAGAUUAAAAUAUUGUAGAGUUGACAAGGAUACUGAAGCAAAAGGGAGGCAAAUUCUCCCCUUGAACUCCCAUGGGAAGUUGGAAUGUGCCCAUUACUCUGCUGUGAAGAUACUGCCUAGGUGGAGUACUGGAACAAGAAGCUUCGCUCACACUGAUUAUUACACUGUCUGGUUUUGGAGGGAUUGGAGUGGGCAGGAAGACUUGCUGUAAAAUAUUUGUUACAUGUCUGACUUUUUGUUUUAAGAGUGGGGAAUCAUAAAACUGCAUUCUCCUUCUGUUUUAUCAGAAAAGGUUGUAAAAUUGUCACUGAUACUGUGGGUGAUGUCAACUGAGCAGAGUCAUAGUGUUGCAGGUCUACCUUUUUCUAAAAAUGUACAGAAACAGUGGUCAGAAGCAGCAUUUGAUGAAGUCUCCAGCAAAACCUUCCCCGUCCUGGUGGCUUCCAGAUGUAUGGAGCGGCACCUCCUAUUAUCCCCAGCCAGUAUGCCCAUUGGCUGAAGAGGAUAGAUAUUUGGAGGCUGUCAGGUUGGGCAAGGGUGAUGAAGAACAGCAGCUCAAUUCUGAGUGGACUUUCUCUUCCUUUUUUCUUUUGCAUAGGGAGAAGUCUACAGAAAAUUGUACUCCUUUUCAGCAUGUUUUGCUAUAAUUCUUUUGUACUGACACUUACCAUACUUUUGUAGAAGUGUUAUUUAAUCUCUCUUCAGAGAAGAGAUCUAGCUGUGCAUAUGCCUCACCCCAGAGUGUGCGUGCAGUAUAGGAGAGUCUCCUUUCAAAACAGUAACUGAGUGUUGCUUCAGAGCAUACCAUUGCUGCAGUGAGCUCUUCCGAGUGGCACUGCUGUUGUAUACUUUCAUUGAGGACAUGUUGUACACUUUGCUAGCAUUCUUGCACAUUGUCCCAUCGUUAAUCUCAUUUUUACUGGACCAGUGUUGUGUUCUUAAAAAAAAGACAAGUAUUUUAUGUUGAUCAGCUUACUGUGUGAACAUUCUUGGGGAGAUUCUCAAAUGGAAAGCAAAAUCACUCUGCCUUGUUUAUCUUAGAACUUGACUUUGUCUUGCUGCCAUCGAGCUUUUUUAACAUCUAUGAAAACUGUAACUGAUUAGAUGGUUGGUGUCCUUUCAUUUGAAGAAGUCAUAGCAUUUGACUUUAAACCGAACAUUAAUCAAAAGGCAGCUCUACUCUACCACAUUCAGUAUUACAUAUGUUGAAGGCAUUGUCCCUGAUUUCUUUGAGGAAGAGAACAGAAAUCUAUGCAAUAGGAAUAGGUCUUUCCAACAUUACCUUCCCUCUCAAGAAAUUGGUAGCAUUAUGUGCUGAAUUGUAAAUGAUAAAUAUUUCUCAUCAAGUUUUUAUUUGCAGCUGUUAAAAAAAUCUGCAGUUCAGAAUUAACAAUUCAUAAUGCACAAAUAAGGACAAGUAAAGAGUAGCAUUAUUUUAACUAACCAAAAUUACAGGAGAGGGCAAUUUGCCCACUCAGUUUUACACCAGCAAGUAUUUUUACAGGUGCCUUGGACAAGUGAAUUAAAGAUUUGCUGUAAAACUGACCUGCUGCUCAAGCACUUGCUAGUGUUGAAUUUUGCCCAUGGCUCACUCCCACCAGCACCAAAGAAGAUGCAACUUCUGCUGCCGAAAGUCUUUUCAGUGCUUUUUUUCUGAAAGAACUGAUUCUCUUGGGGUGUUUCUUCUUGGAGUAAAUACAAAUUCUCUUGCUGAGCACACUUGUAUUUUGUUUUGGCAUAAUAUGACUCUUCCCAGCUGUGACACUCAAUUUGAGAAUUAAAAUAUUGAAGCUA